AUGUUUUCUAAUGAUAGAACAACUGAAUCUGAUUCUCAGUCUCCUCAGAUGCAUGCGACAGACAAUGAACAAGCAUCUUUCUCACUUGAAAUUGUCCUAAGCAACAAACAAUUAACUGAUGAAAGAUGCAGGCGUCUUGUGUUGUGGGAAGAGCCAAAUGUUAUUCCUACUAGUUGUCUUUCUCCCAAGGAAAAUCUGCUUGGUAAGUAUGACAAUACUACUAUGAGUCCUGAAAGUGAGCUGAAUUCUGAUGACCUGCCUCAUUUUGAGAGUCCUCUUGCUAUCAUCCCUCUUGCCUCCACCGAGACUGCCUCACUGGCAAACCGACUGCCCAUCCUCAUACCAGUCAAUACACUGACUGCCGAAACCCAUACCAGGCCACCCCAACUGCCUAGGCCACAUCGACAGCCCCAAAGCCUACCACCGAUUGCCCAUCCUACCAAUCCUUAUCCUCAUAACAGCCUUCUAGCCCCUAGCUGCAACACCGAAACACUCCAGUACACUCAGCAACACCGAAACCGCCGACUGCUCAGGCAACAAACAAUCUUCACCUACUGCCUCUAUAUCACCAACCAGCGACUGACCCCAAUAAACAUACUGCCCAAUAACCACACCGACAAACACAUAUACCACACCAAUACACACGACGCCCAACCUACUGUCGGGUCGUGUUUCUCGUUUUAG